GGAGGCUUCUUUGGAGGUUCAAGCUAGUCUUGAGCUGUCUUCCACCAAGGGCUCGGUUGCCCUGGUAACGCCAGUCAAGCGGAAGUCGGGACACGCAGGAGCUUCCGCUUCCGGGUCGUUCCUCGCCCGUGGGAAAAAUCCGCAUGGGCCCGCGCUUCCUGCGCUGGCUGGGCUCGCAGCUUCUGCUUCUCCAGACUCGGCCCCGCAUGCUCAGCCCGGAGUCCCUGCUGCCCUCCAAGCGGCCCCGCAGCGACCAAAUGGCACCGCCCCGAAUCGGAACUCACAACGGCACCUUCCACUGCGACGAGGCGCUGGCGUGCGCGCUGCUGCGCCUCCUGCCGGAGUACCGGGAUGCAGAGAUCGUGCGGACUCGGGACCCCAUGAAGCUGGCUUCUUGUGACAUCGUGGUGGAUGUGGGUGGCGAGUACGACCCUCAGAGACACCGAUAUGACCAUCACCAGAGGUCUUUCACAGAGACCAUGAGCUCGCUGUCACCUGGAAAGCCGUGGCAGACCAAGCUGAGCAGCGCGGGACUCGUCUAUCUACACUUUGGCCACAAGCUGCUGGCCCAGUUGCUGGGCACUAGUGAAGAGGACAGUGUGGUGGGCACCCUGUAUGACAAGAUGUACGAGAACUUUGUGGAGGAGGUGGAUGCAGUGGACAACGGGAUCUCCCAGUGGGAGGGAGAGCCUCGCUACGCACUGACCACCACCUUGAGUGCCAGAGUUGCACGCCUUAAUCCCACCUGGAACCAGCCCAAUCAAGACACAGAGGCUGGGUUCAAGCGUGCAAUGGAUCUGGUUCAGGAGGAGUUUCUGCAGAGACUCGACUUCUACCAGCACAGCUGGCUGCCAGCUCAGGCCUUGGUGAAAGAGGCCUUGGCCCAGCGAUUCCAGGUGGACCCAAGUGGAGAGAUAAUCGAGUUGGCAAAAGGAGGCUGCCCAUGGAAGGAGCACCUCUACCACCUGGAGAGUGAGCUGUCCCCGCCAGUGGCCAUCGCCUUCGUCAUCUAUACCGACCAGUCUGGACAGUGGCGGGUACAGUGUGUGCCCAAGGAGCUCCACUCAUUCCAGAGUCGGCUGCCCCUGCUAGAACCAUGGCGGGGUCUUCGGGAUGAAGCCCUGGACCAGGUCAGUGGGAUCCCUGGUUGUGUCUUCGUCCAUGCUAGUGGCUUCAUUGGUGGGCACCGUACCCGAGAAGGUGCCUUGAGCUUGGCCCGGGCCACGCUGGCACAACGCCCCACACCUCCCACAAAUGCCCUCGCCCAAUAAAGCUGCUUCCACCUCAUACU